GAGCGCUGUGGUGCGGUGUGCGCGAGCGGCUGUGUGCUGGUGCUGGGCCAUGGCGCGCACGAAGCAGACGGCGCGGAAGUCGACGGGCGGCAAGGCGCCCCGCAAGCAGCUGGCCACCAAGGCUGCCCGCAAGAGCGCGCCGGCCACGGGCGGCGUCAAGAAGCCGCACCGCUACCGGCCCGGCACGGUGGCGCUGCGCGAGAUCCGGCGCUACCAGAAGUCCACGGAGCUGCUGAUCCGCAAGCUGCCCUUCCAGCGCCUGGUGCGCGAGAUCGCGCAGGACUUCAAGACCGACCUGCGCUUCCAGAGCUCGGCCGUCAUGGCGCUGCAGGAGGCCAGCGAGGCCUACCUGGUGGGGCUCUUCGAGGACACCAACCUGUGUGCCAUCCACGCCAAGCGCGUCACCAUCAUGCCCAAGGACAUCCAGCUGGCCCGCCGCAUCCGCGGCGAACGUGCAUAAACCUUGUCAGUAUUGGGCCACUUGUUUUAAGAAAGUAUUUUAAGACAACACAAAGGCUCUUUUAAGAGCCACUACAUGCACAAUAAAAGGAGCUGUACC